CACGAUCUGUUUCUCUUACUCCAAAAUUUGGGCGUACUGAAUGGGCUGUGCUUGGUUUCUCUUGUCAGUUCUAUAUUAAUGUUGGUGUUUAUGUUUGUUUAUUUUACUAAAAUGUUUGAGUUGGUGUUAUUUGGAUCUUAGAUGGAAGUGAUUUUAGUUUUAAAAUUAAAAAUACUUACUUAUUCUUUUUGUUCCAAAACUGUUAGCAGACAUGGAAACGAGGUUAUAUGUGAUAUUGGAAAAGAUGUUGGGCGGGUCUUAGUUUCUGUUUCAAGAGUUCAGUUGUGAAGUGAGUUUUGUUCCUACAUGGAAGCGAACAAGGAGGAAGCACUUAAAGCGGUAGAGAUUGCUGAAAAGCGAUUUGCUGUGAGGGACUUUGCAGGUGCAAAAAACUAUGCUGUAAAGGCUAGAACACUUUGUCCAGGAUUAGAGGGUAUAUCACAAAUGGUGGCCACAUUUGAAGUUUACAUCGCCUCUGAGGUCAAACAUAAUGGUGAGCUAGAUUACUAUUCGAUUCUUGGAUUAAAACCUUUUGCAGAUAAGGAGGCUGUGAAGAAACAAUACAAGAAGUUGGCGGUGUUGCUUCACCCAGAUAAGAACAAGUGUGUGGGAGCUGACGAGGCAUUUAAGCUUGUUUCCGAGGCUUGGACUUGGCUAUCAGAUAGUGCUAUGCGCAGUUCUUAUGAUCUCAAGAGAAAUGCGCAGUUGGGUGGGACUAACCAGAUGAAUCUGUCUCCUGCCCAUGCUACAGGGGCUGCAGGUUAUAACAAAUGUUCCAAUUUGUCAACCCCUCGCGGUGGGCUUGACACCUUUUGGACAAUCUGCACCUCUUGUAAGGUUCAGUACGAGUAUCUGCGCAAGUACGUGAAUAAAAGACUGUCUUGUAAGAACUGCCGUGGCACUUUCGUGGCUGUCGAAACUGGGGCGGCCCCGGCAAAUGGUUCAUUUCCAUAUUGUCCUUGGUCAUAUGUGCCAGGAAAUGGGUAUGCAAGUCAUUCAUUUGAUGGUGUCUCAUAUGUUCCAACCACUGCCCCCUAUUUCAAUGGGAAUGGGGUUGCAGGAUAUCAUUCUGGACAUGGAUAUGAGUACGUUCCAAAUGUUUCAUUUCAGUGGGGAUCUGCAGGAGUUGUUAAUCAAAACGGAUCAACUACCUUACCUGCUGAUUCUGUCAAUCGGGCAAAUGGAAAUGUGAAGAGGGGAAGACCAAAACUCAAAACAGGAGCUGAUAAGAGGCAUCAUGUAGCAGAGAUCAUGGUGAAUACAAAUUCAGAUGUACCAUUCUCCUAUAGUGAACCACAGGAAGAUAAACUAAGUAGACCUGACAAGAAACAGAAAGUUGUUGUGGGAGGCACUUUCAGAAAUGGCUACGAAGAAAAGGGUUCAAAAUGUGAUCUAGAGGCAAUAGUGUCUAACGGAAAUGAUAGCACUGGACACGGCCAGAAACCUUCCUGUGCAGUUGAAGUUCAAACCAAACAUUGUUCCAUGGCACCGGCAUUUGAUGCAAGAAAAUUAUUGAUUGAGAAAGCCAGGACAGUAAUCAGGAAGAAACUGGAGGAG